AUUUCGGGAUGUCUGGGGAAGCUGAGCUGCAGAUGCGGCUAGCAUUGCUACUUCUGUUACCAAUGGCAUUCAGACUGACAGCUCUUCGUGCCAGACCAACAACUGUACUUCAUAGCUGUGGAAUAAGAGCCUGGCAGCAGCCGCAGCAGCUUCCCCCCCAUCUCCGCAGAGACAACAGCAGCCAGCCACUUUACUACCACCCCAGCACCUUCGGGCGUCUCUCUGGGGUCCACCACUAAACUUCUGGGAGUGGACUUGGAAGCCACAGCACUGGAGACACGUGUGUGUCUCCCAGCUUUCUGCCUUUGGGUCCAAAAAUUCUUUGUUCCCUUCAGUCAGCUUGCAAAGCAGUCGGCAUGGACGUUCUUACAAAAUCGCCUGCUGAGCAGAUCAUGAUUCAAAAAGGGAAUGCUGGAGAAAGCAGCAGCCGAAAAAUGAAGCAACAUUCUCAAGAGCCACCAGCGUCCUCCUCCGAGGAAUCAAAAUAUGUGGAGAUUUAUGAUUUCCCAGGAGGGAGGGGAGAGAGUCCUCAGGCUGUAAAACUGACUUUGGCAGGGAAUGGAAGUAAAGUGGCCUUUAUCAGACCUAAAAAUGGACCUUAUGGGAUGAAUGAGGUUAACAGCUUGGCUAACAAUAUGCUGGCAGACAAAUCUGCAGAUCAAGAAUCCCCGGAUUAUAAAUCUGAAAUGGAAGGCUCUCCUUCUCCCAUGGGGAGGAAAGUUGAUGAGGUGGGGGGAAGCAUUACUGGCAGCAGCUCAGAAGGGUCUGAGAGCACGUUGUCCCCUAGCAUCUCCAACAUCCAGCUUUACACAAAUGGCUGCCCAGAAUCGUCCUCGUCCUCGUCUCCUUCACCAGUACAAAAGACAGGGUGCUUUCCAAAAACAGACGACUCAGGCACAGGGGGCAAAACCUCCUCUUCUUCAUUUGGAUAUGACAGUGAUGAAGAUGAUGAUGCAGAGUGCAAAGAAAUCUGUCUGAGUAACCAGAGAGAAGAAUGUCGGCAUGCUACACAACUGCUGCAGUCGCAACACAGCUAUACCAGCGAAAACAACAGUAAUAAUGAUGAAGCACAUUAUAUUACAACCCAUGAAAUUCAGCUUAGUGAAGUGGACCAUGACAUGGAUUUUGACUAUGGAUUAGCCUCCCGGUGGGACUUUGAGGACAACAAUGUGAUCUAUUCCUUUGUGGAUUAUGCUUCUUUUGGGAGUGAAGAGACUCUUGCAGACACACAAACAGAAGAGGACAAUAGCUGUUAUCUCAGCACGACCACUAGCGAUCCCAAUAACCAGACCGACAGUAUUGAUAAUACCAGCAGCACAGAGAUAGUCAGCAUUAAUUCUGAAAGCGAUACCCCUAUCACAGACAAAUGCGCCAGCUCGGAAGAAAGUCAGUCCAAGAACCUCAGCAACAUGAGUGAGAAUUCUGCAGGCCAGAUACUCCUAUCAAUCAAACCAACUUCCAAGGCUAUAAAUGAGCCUAGCAACCAGCACAAAAAGCAAAACAUUAUUUAUGCUGCCAAGCAUGAAGGCGACAUGAGUGUCUGUGUCUCCACAGCUCAUGAACAAAAUUCAAGAUUAAAACAAGAUGUGUUUCAUGACUAUGCAAAAAAAUUCAUUGCAGUUCCUGCACGCUUGCAAACAAAGUGCGGAGCCAUAAGAGCAAGAGAAUUGGGAGGAUAUUCAAGUGGUGCUUCCAGUGUGGUUAGUGAGCUGGAUGAUGCAGAUAAAGAAGUAAGAAGCCUCACGGCAAGGGCAUUCCGGAGCUUAGCUUAUCCCUAUUUUGAUACUCUGAACUUGAGCUCCAGUGAAUCUUCCACAUCUCUUUCUGACCAUACCUUAGGAAUCAACCGGUGGUCAACUUACUUGGAUUUAAAGUGUGGCAGCCUUGGGCAAAAAGCAGAGCAGAAUCUUUUCAAAAGCAACACUGCAUCUGCAGGAUGGAACAGAAGCACUGGGACAAAAACUUCCACUGACCAGUUGUAUAUUCACUCUAAUAAGUCACAGACGAAAGCAUUGGAGUUUGUGGUCAGCAAACUUGAUGGGGAAAUAACACAUGUCGAAACACCACCUUCUUUUGAAAAACGGAUCCAGUCGGGGUCCCGAGUUGUUACUUUGUUGGAGACUUUGAAUUUCAGCAGCAAUAUUAAAACGGGAGUCCCCAGACAUGCUAAACCUUCUGAAAAUACUACUGUUAGAUCAAGUUGCACAGAUGAAGUUACAGACGCACUGUCUAAGGAGCUGGGCAAUGAAGCCUGCAAACAAACUGGGUCAGCUGCAGAAACCAUGGAAGGCACACAGAAGAAAUCAAAAUUUGCAUCUAGUCUCCUCAAAAAUGUCAUCUCAAAGAAAAUGCAGUUGGAGCAUGAAUUCAAAAUGGAAAGAGGAGAGAUCACAGACACCACAUAUUCUGGUAUGUCCAAUUCCUUAUCUUCUAAAGAGGUAGAUGGCAAUUUCAAAGAAAAGUUCAAGGAUGGGGGUUUGCAGAGACAGAAUUCUAGAUAUUCAGAAGGCAGUUCCGAUUACACUAUUGUAACGGGAGAUGACUUGGGGGAGUUUUUUGAUAGCAAGUCACCUACUUCCAAGCCUUCUACUCCUCGGGAGGGAAACAUUAGUCUGGAUCGAUCCCUCUCUGAAACAUUGCUAGAAGAGGCAUGCAAAAUAAAAGAGAGUGCUUCCGAAACACUCAAGGCAACUUUCCUCCGUAGUCAAAACAGUGCAUUCAGAACAUGGAAAGAAAAAGAAGCAGAGAAAAAGGAAGAAAAGGCUCCUGUGGGAAAACUGAAAAUUUCACCCAAAGGUGAUUGGAAGGCUGAUUUGGGAGAAAUAUCAACCAGCAAAUCAACUAAAAUGUCUCGUCUCUUUGUUCCAAAUAUUCAACAAACAACCAAAGAAAAGCAGUCCAGCACACAGGUGACCAGAUACUCCACAGCAACCAGUGCAGCGGCUCAGACAGCCAUUGCUACCACAGUGCUAAAGCCUAAACCGCCUGAGAUCAAAAUCAGUUUGGGCAGCGUGCAGCAGAACAAAGAUCAUCCUUUCAAUAUUGCCAAGCUCCUCACACCCAAGUUAGCUGGAAGCAUCCCAAACUUUUUAAAGACAGUUGAUGAUAUCAAGUGUCAGCAGCAAAAAUCAUUCAAAGGGGAAACUAUGGAUAAAGUGCCUCAGUUCCAAGUGCGCGAUGUAAGAGAAAGUAAGGCUAAGAUCCAAGGUCCCAUCCACCAGGUGAGAGAUGUUAGGAAACUAAUCAAAAGUAACUACAGCCAUGAAUCAGGAGAGAACAGUGAUAGAGGCAGCAUCAACUCUGAGCAGGGAACCUCUGAGCAGAAACCAAAGCAGAUGGUGACAGCAGGCAUUCCCAGGUCUCUUUCUCCAAUGGUGAUAACUUGGCAGGCAGUAAGCAACAACAAGGAGGACAAGGAGGACAAGAAGAUAUGCAGAACUUCUGAGAUGGAGGCCAAAACAAACAGUGGAAGCAAGAUGCUACCUUCCAGCCAAGAGGGGACAAUCCUGGUGCACAGGACUUCAGGGAGGCUACCUGUGGCUACCAUUGCUCCAAACAAAAGUGACCCCCAUCAGCCUGCUGUGCUGAAAAUAGUCUCCAAAAGCUCUGUGCCUUGGAGGCAGCAAGCGCAGCCAGCAUCGCAGCCUCAACCAGCAAUAUUAGAGAAGAGCAAUAAGGUAGUGCCAUUAGUGGCUGCUGGAGAAGAAGAACCUUCACGAGAUGAAGCAACAAAGACAUCUCUCACAGUAAACCAUCAAGCACUGGAGAAACUUACAGCAGCAGUCCGGAGCAUGGAGGAACUCUACAGUUUCCACAAAAAUGAGUGGAAGCGCAAGAGUGACCCGCUGCCCAUAACUGACAGCCAUGUUCUUUCUCUCAUCACCAGUGAGGAACGGAACACAGGAGCCAUGCCUUGUACCAGAGAAGAAUUGUUGGCAGGUGCCAAAUCAGAGGACCAGGUAACAGGUCAGGCAAUAUCUCCCAGCAGCAGGAAUGGCCCAGACCGCCAAACCCAGAGCAGAACUGCCAACCCCACCAAGAACACAGAAAAGGUCUCAGCCAAGACGGCUGCCUUUGAGAAUCUGGCCCAGUCUCGGGAGCGACUACGUGGCCCUGGCUUACGUGGAGAAGCAACCACAAGUGCUACCACCCCCACUCCCACAGGAGCUCUGGAGCGAAGCAGGGCUUCUGAGGCCCCCCGUGGCACUUUCACCUUCAAUGCCCAGGCUCACAAGGCCAAGCAGCAGCAGCAGUCCAAAGAGCCUUCUCCUCCACCACCACCCAGGGGCCUCAAAGGGCAGGGCAGGCCACGGUCCAUCAAACUCUUUGCAGACAAGCAGGAGGAGGCUGAAAAGGGCCCCAAGAUGCCAGCCCCAGACUGUGGGAACUACUUGGCCAUCCCUCUCAAAGCCCCGUCUGUGGAAAAACCAGUAGAAGCUCCCUCAGCGGGUGGGGGUCUCAUCUCAGCAACCUCAGUUGCAUCUGCCCUUAGUGGUCAACAGCCUUACUGUUCAGGGAGAAACCAGCCCAGGCAGCAGCAACAACAGCCUGAGGAAGGCCCUGCUACAAGGAACCAGCAGCCUCUGCUUUCUCCUCAGCAGCCACAGCAACAGCCCUUGCCUCAGGUGCCUCAUGCCACUGCACAUCAAUUUGAUAUGUCUCCUGCACAAAUUUUUCCUCAGGCUUUGUCCCUUGCUGCUGCUGCUGCUGCCGCUGCCUUAACACAACAGGCCCCCCUGCUGUGCUUCUCGCCCCCUGCUGCUGAAGCCUCUACUUUCCCACCACCUCAGACACAGCGCAAGGUCCUCUUGGACCUGAGCACAGGCCAGUGUUAUGUGGUAGAUGCACCCUUGCAGCAGCAGCCUCAAAAGCGACGCCUCUUUGAUCCAGAGACUGGGCAGUAUGUAGAAGUGCCCUUCCCAGCUGCACAACAGCCUCCCCCACCAGCUGCCAUGGCCCCCAUGACCCUCCCCAUAUCUUCCCUGACCCUGGGCCCUGCAGCAGCAGGUGGAAGUUAUGGUGCACCAGCUGCUGCCUACAUGAUCUACCCAGGCUUCCUUCCAGCUGUCUUGCCCACUGGUGGCGCCACUUUGCAGGGUCAAUUGAUCCAGCAGCAGCAGCCCAAUGGCGACCUCAGCACAAGGGCCUCAUCCAGCAUCACUGGAGCCGACAGCCCUUACUACAUGCCCACAGGUAAAGGGACUCAACUCCAGCAUCAGCAGGCAGCUUCAGGUAAUGAGAAGGCACCCCUCAUCAGCAUCACCUCUCAGCCACUGGGCCCCAGGAUCAUUGCACCACCAUCUUUUGAUGGCACCACAAUGCGCUUUGUGGUGGAGCAUCGGUGACGCGUUGCAAGCCAAAGGUCUCUUCUUCUGAAGUUGCUGCC